GCGCUCCUAACCCCGCCAGACGAGUCCUCACAACCGAUCGCCACAAUGGACGAGAAGAAGCAGAACCACCGAGCCUCGUCCCUGUCCGCCUCCUCGCCCUCCUUCUCUUGGGCCAACGAGCGCCCGUCCAACACACCCCAGAUCACGACCUCGGACCUCGCCGUCUUCGGUGCUCUGCUGCUCCUGCAGUCGCUCACCUCAUACAGCCUCUUCGUCAUCUACCGCGGCUACGAGGGCUGGGGUCAGACCAAGGGCGUCGACAGGGCCUGGAUCGUCCUCGGCGGCGUGCAGUCUGUCGUCUCGGUCGUGCUCAUUGGGAGCUUCUUCCGCCUCGUGUUUGCGCGCUGGAGGAACCGCAUCGAGUAGGGCUCGCGGCGACGCCGAACGGACACCACGAAGGAGCUCUGACCCUUUUUCUUUCUCGUUUUUUCUCUUUCCAUGCGUGAGGGCGGUAGCGUCAACCUCGGUUGGAGAGCAGCCGGAGGCCAGACGGGAAGAUUAAUAUGUGGUGGCAGGAGGAUGAGGUUAUGCUCCGGAGACGCAUGAGCGUCGCUUGGUCUUCGCUUGGUCUUUCUAUUUCUUCGUAUACCCUUUUCCUUGGUC